GUGUGUAUUCUACAAUCUUCCGUCGCGAGUGCAGCUGUUGACGGAUAGCAGCUAUGGGAAACGACGAUGAAGCCGUUGAAAUACUGCUGGAGAAGCUAAUGGCUGCUAGCAACUUGGAAACGACGAUCGAAGCUGCCCAGCUACUGCCGAUACUAAAAGCUUUGCUUUGACAUCAAGGCAUUGUACCUCUUCUACUGCUCCAUGACCCCCCCCCCAGCCAGUCCUCUUUUCAGAGGUCAUCCUGAGAACAUAAUCCUGAUCAACCGACAGGCUGCCUUCUGGGGGUUGGUUUGGCUCCAAGACACACCCAGCAGGCUUUGCCCCACAUACCUACAACCACUUUCUGCUGUGGACAUAAGUGUUGUUGGCUUGCAAACACCAUGUCUAAUCCCCCGUAUAACCCAUAUGGGAACCAAAGAAGACCGACAGGGGGAGACUUCCAACAGGUCUCUUCUGUACUGGGGACUGUAUCCAGUCUCAGCUCUCCUGCUAGUCCAUUGCAGACUUCUGACAAGACUUUUCCAGUGCCAGUGCCCAACUAUCAGCCAAUGGAAAGAGCCAGUUUUAAUGAAGAUCUGCAGUGGUCCGUCGACACACAUGUUAGCAGAGCCAGGGAAGAGGUGAGGCUUCAAGGUAAAGCAAUACACCAGCCAUCAGCUCAAGACACUCGCAGACAAGAGUUUAUUUCAGCGAUUGGAAGGACAAGCUCCUACCAAAACCUCAGCAGAAAUUCUGGCAACGAAAGCAACAACAGUGUCGGCUCCUUAAACUGUUUGUCCAGCUACAGCCGAGCCACAGCUGACAAAGCCUCUGUUCAUUGUCCAUCAUCAACUCUUGCUGGCUACUCUGUGUUCAAUGUAUCCAGUGAGGGUCAACGAGACUUUCACUCUAUUCCAGGUUUAGAUAUUGACAGGCCAAACAUGGCCCAAACUGGCGCCGCUUAUGAGCACACUAAGCCUAAAUAUACAUUCGAGUCAGCGACCAACAUUCUUUUGCAGUUUGGACUUGAAAAGGAGGACUUGGAACAUCUCAUCGCCUACUCAGAAGACCAAAUCACCCCUGCCAACUUACCGUUCAUCCUGCGCCAAAUCCGCAUUCAGAAGAACAAAAAGGCCUCGGAUGCAGAUCGGCCCAAAGCAAUCCCUGAACCUGCGCUCACUGGUGGCUCAGGCGGUCUGACCAGUUGGGGUGGUUCAGGAAUGAUUGGGUUGGACCAUGGAGAUGCAGCAUCUCUUUUUCUCCAGAGGAGUAAAGUCAUUGACUACGGUCAUACACACAAAUACAAUUGCAGGAUUGGGGAGGAUGCUGCGAGUGUAGCUAAAGGAGCUGAGGACGACACUUUGUUGAUGAAUCACAAUUUGGAUAGAGGCACUCGCACUGAAGCGCCGGCACAGCAGGUUGGAAAAAGUGCAUGCCAGGACCAGGCAAGUGCGGGAUCAUCUUUGAGCUCCACACUGACUCAAAAAAGUAAUAUUGCAGUGAUAGCAGCACAGACCCAACCAAUGCAGACUCAAAAAUCCAUGUUCACUACUUUCUCUAAAGACAAUGGCAUUGGAGAUAAUCCAUCUCUAGCCCCGAAAGCCAGGCCUCUUAUACAGGCGGUGGCUGACCUCAAAACUACCAUAAAACCACAACCGCUAUCCACUCAGUUUCGUGAUGUCCAUCCUAGCAGACCUGUCCUCUCUUCAGAUACUGCCAGUUGCACCAGUGAGCAGCCUAAAAGUCAAGGUGUAGUUGGUGCAAAGCAGGUCAAAAACCUUGAAACCAAGCAGCAACAGCAGAAGAAGAAUUUGGAGAAAGCACAGCCAACAAAAAAAGACAAUAAGCAGCAACCAGUGCUCCAGAAGCAGCAGGUUCUCAAAGACCAGGCCAAGCAGAAAUUCACACAGCUACCCUGUCUGUUAAGAAAGCAGAUGUGUAUGCCAGUUUCCAUGCCGCCUGCGUUACACAUUCCCAGCCUCAGCAUGGCCGCGUUUCCCGCGGGUCAAAGCUCUGGCAGCAAACCUCACCCCCAGGCUUCCCCAGCGCAGACUGUGGUCUCAAAAGGCGGACCGACGACAUCGAUGGUGCAAGACUAUAGUGCGGUAACGCCCAGCGUGUUUCCACACACGUGUGUUCUGUGUUACAAAGAGUGCGCGCUCAUUGAGGAUUGGAUCGCUCACCAAAAUACAACACUUCACCUUGAAAACUGCAAAGUCUUUCGAAAGCAGUUUCCAAAUUGGGAUGGAGAUUUGCUUAGUGUCUCUGAUGAAAAAAGGCAGAAGACGUCCACGUCCACAUCACAGUCUCACCAUAAGAAAAGCCAGCGUAAGAGUCGCUCAUCUUCCUGUUCUCGCAGUCCUCGGCAUCGUCGCCGUUCGAACAACCGAAGAGACAAGAGGAGUGACUCCCGUUCACGUUACAACUCCAGAUACAGUCACAGGUCUCGUUCACGCUCGAGAAGCUAUGAGAGGCACCACUCUCUGCCCAGAAGUCAGGAAUGGCACUCGUCUUCACCGGAGAAGAGGAGCAACAGACUGUCGUCUUCCCGUAGAAGCCGGGAUCGGUACUCAUCGCUGAGAAGCCGCGAGAGGCGGUCGUCGACACCAACCCAGCGCAAUAAACGAUCGUCACCCAAAAGAUACCGUGAGUGGCGAUCCCCAUCGCACAGCCGGCGAAGCAAACGGUCUUCAUCUAAAAUAGGUCGUGAGAGGCGAUCUUCAUCGCAAAGCCCGCGUAAUAAACGCUCAUCACCCAAGAGAAGCCGCAAGAGGCGAUCGUCAUCGCAGAGCCAGGGAAGCAACAGCUCGUCAUCAUCAAGAAGUCGUGAGAGGCAAUCCUCGUCGCCGGGCCAACGCAAUAAACGCUCAUCAACCUAUAGAAGCGACAAGAGACGUUCUUCCCCCAGAAGGAACCAUGAAGGUAAUGCAGAGGGACUUGCCAAAAAACUUCUGAAAUCAUCAGCUGUCCAGUCUUUGUCAAAGCAGUCCGACAUGGAGGCUGUGGUUAAAACUCUUGCCCCGGCCUUGUUGGCUGAACUGGCCAAAAUGAAGUCACCCCUUUCCAAAGGAGGCACCUCCUCUUCACAGUCCACUGCAGCCACAAAGAAAUCUGCUGCCUGCUCCUCAGAAGCAGCCAACAAAAAGGGCGCAAAAGCGACAGUCAGCAAGCAAAAAGAUUCAUCUGCAAAGAAUAAGCCUGGUGAAACCUCUGCUCCAACCUUUGUGACGCUUGAAGGAAUUGUUCUGGAUCUUACUUAUGGUGACAUGGUGGCCGCCGCUGAGCAGUACGGGAAAAUCAAAUCACUUGUUCUCUUUCGCGCCAGACGGCAGGCAGUGGUUUGUUAUGAGAAAAAAGAAGAUGCAGAAAAAUUUCGGGACAUAAAAAACUUUGAACUGAAAGGAUUUCAAAUCACUGUAAUGGAAGAAAAGGGGACUCUCUCUAAGAAGAAUCCACAAAAAAAACCUGAUGCCUCAAACAGUGUCUCUACCACUCAGACAUCUAAAUCCACUAGCACUCCCUCUACAAAACGUGCUGUACUUUCUGCAGAAAUGUUGGUCUCCAAAGCAAAGAAUGUCUCAUGCAAGCAGGUCACCAAGACGGUGAAAGGACCUAAGAAGAAAGAUCCAGUAAAAACAAAGUUAAAAACUACCUUCACUGUUAAGUCAGCUCAAGGGUCAAAGGUUAUUAGAGAAGCACCCAAGUGUGAAACUCUAAAAAGUGUUGCAUCAGGAACUGCCCUUAAAAAAGAGGAGGAGCCAUCGAAAUGUAGAACUGCAGAAAAGCAACUCACUCUUAAGGUCUCAUCUGAGCUGAUUGCCAUCAGAGAGCAAAACACACAACCAAAAGUGGUCGAUGCGGGACCAGCAAGCGUGACAGAAUCUCAAAGACACCAGACCACACAACCGGAAGCAGCCAAUGCUGGACCAACAAGUGUUACAGAACCUCCAAGAGAUCAGACCACACAACCGGAAGCAGCCACUGUUGGACUAGCAAGCUUGACCAAACUUCUAAAAGACCAUACCACUACGGCCGAGACGGCAUCACCAGAAGAAGCUGAUGUUCGACCAACAAGGGUGAAAGAACCUCCAAAAGCGCCAUUUACACAACCAGAAAUGGCCAAUGUCGCACGAGCAAGCAUGCCAGAACCUCCAAGAGACCACACCGCCAAGGCCAAGACCACUCCACCAGAAGCAGCUGAUGUAGGAAGGGCAACCUUGGCAUGUUCGCCAGAGCAAGCAGGGGCUCCAAAAUCCGAGUUUCCAGAACCAAUGGUAGUGGACACUUACACAAAGACCGAGCCACAACCUGACAAAAGUGUGAAAAACCAGCAAAAUACCAAGCUGCUAGUGGAAUCAGCAGUUCCACCGGCAGCCCCCAAAAGGGAUUUACUAAUUAAUUGUCAAGGUGAAGCUGAUGGGGACACAAAGCUAACACAUACACGAGACAAAAAACAAGAACAGAAGCAACAAGCAACAGCAUCCAAGACUCCACCUAAGGCAGCAGUGGUGCAGGAUGUGAUGUCAUCACACAGCGCUGAGGCUGCAGCCACACUCACCAUUGGAGAGAUGAUGGAACAAAAUCUGCUUCCAAAAAGAUUCGUAAUCAGGGAUGGAGAUUUGCUUAAUGUCUCUGAUGAAAAAAGGCAGAAGACGUCCACGUCCACAUCACAGUCUCACCAUAAGAAAAGCCAGCGUAAGAGUCGCUCAUCUUCCUGUUCUCGCAGUCCUCGGCAUCGUCGCAGUUCGGACAACCGGAGAGACACGAGGAGUGACUCCCAUUCACGUUACAACUCCAGACACAGUCGCAGGUCUCGUUCACGCUCGAGAAGCUAUGAGAGGCACCACUCUCUGCCCAGAAGUCAGGAACGGCACUCGUCUUCACCGAAGAAGAAGAGCAACAGACUGUCGUCUUCCAAUAGAAGCCGGGAUCGGUACUCAUCACUGAGAAGCCGCGAGAGGCAGUCUUCUUCGCCAACCCAGCGCAAUAAACGAUCGUCACCCAAAAGAUACCAUGAGAGGCGAUCUUCAUCGCGUAGCCCGCGCAAUAAACGCUCAUCACCCAAGAGAAGCCGCAAGAGGCGAUCUUCAUCGCAGAGCCAGGGAAGCAACAGCUCGUCAUCAUCAAGAAGUCGUGAGAGGCAAUCCUUGUCGCCGGGCCAACGCAAUAAACGCUCAUCAACUUAUAGAAGCGACAAGAGACGUUCUUCCCCCAGAAGGAGCCAUGAAACUAACGCAGAGGGACUUGCUAAAAAACUUCUGAAAUCAUCAGCUGUCCAGUCUUUGUCAAAGCAAUCCGACAUGGAAGCUGUGGUUAAAACUCUUGCCCCGGUCUUGUUGGCUGAACUGGCCAAAAUGAAGUACCCCCUUUUCAAAGGAGGCACCUCCUCUUCACAGUCCACUGCAACCGCAAAGAAAUCUGCUGCCUGCUCCUCAGAAGCAGCCAACAAAAAGGGCGCAAAAGCGACAGCCAGCAAGCAAAAAGAUUCAUCUGCAAAGAAUAAGCCUGGUGAAACCUCUGCUCCAACCUUUGUGACGCUUGAAGGAAUUGUUCCGGAUCUUACUUAUGGUGACAUGGUGGCCGCCGCUGAGCAGUACGGGAAAAUCAAAUCACUUGUUCUCUUUCGCGACAGAUUGCAGGCAGUGGUUUGUUAUGAGAAAAGGGAAGAUGCAGAGAAAUUUCGGGACAUAAAAAACUUUGAACUGAAAGGAUUUCCAAUCACUGUAAUGGAAAAAAAGGGGUCUUUCACUAAGAAGAAUCCUCAAAAAAAACCUGACGCCUCAAACAGUGUCUCUACCACUCAGAUAUCUAAAUCCGCUUGCACUCCCUCUACAAAACGGGCUGUACUUUCUGCAGAAAGGUUGGUCUCCAAAGCAAAGAAUGUCUCAUGCAAGCAGGUCACCAAGACGGUAAAAGGACCUAAGAAGAAAGUUCCAGUAAAUAAAAGGUUAAAAACGACAUUCACUGUUAAGUCAGCUCAAGGGUCAAAGGUUAUUAGAGAAGAACCCAAAUGUGAAACUUUAAAAAGUGUUGCAUCAGGAACUGCCCUUAAAAAAGAGGAGGAGCCAUCGAAAUGUAGAACUGCAGAAAAGCAACUCACUCUUAAGGUGUCGUCUGAGCUGAUUGCCAUCAGAGAGCAAAACACACAACCAAAAGUGGUCGAUGCGGGACCAGCAAGCGUGACAGAAUCUCAAAGACACCAGACCACACAACCGGAAGCAGCCAAUGCUGGACCAGCAAGUGUUACAGAACCUCCAAGAGAUCAGACCACACAACCGGAAGCAGCCUCUGUUGGACUAGCAAGCUUGACCAAACUUCUAAAAGACCAUACCACCACGGCCGAGACCGCAUUUACAGAAGCAGCUGAUGUUCGACCAACAAGGGUGAAAGAACCUCCAAAAGCGCCAUUUACACAACCAGAGAUGGCCAAUGUCGCACGAGCAAGCAUGACAGAACCUCCAAGAGACCACACCGCCAAGGCCAAGACCACUCCACCAGAAGCAGCUGAUAUAGGAAGGGCAACCUUGGCAUGUUCGCCAGAGCAAGCAGGGGCUCCAAAAUCCGAGUUUCCAGAACCAAUGGUAGUGGACACUUACACAAAGACCGAGCCACAACCUGACAAAAGUGUGAAAAACCAGCAAAAUACCAAGCUGCUAGUGGAAUCAGCAGUUCCACCGGCAGCCCCCAAAAGGGAUUUACUAAUUAAUUGUCAAGGUGAAGCUGAUGGGGACACAAAGCUAACACAUGCACGAGACAAAAAACAAGAACAGAAGCAACAAGCAACAGCAUCCAAGACUCCACCUAAGGCAGCAGUGGUGCAGGAUGUGAUGUCAUCACACAGCGCUGAGGCUGCAGCCACACUCACCAUUGGAGAGAUGAUGGAACAACAUCUGCUUCAAAAAAGAAUCGUAUGCCUCAAAAAGAAAACCUGCAUUUCAACAAGGUUUCGGUCACUCAACAAGACGCAGCUGUUGAUCACGCACCUGCCCAUAUAUGACGGUUCCUACAGUGAGGAAGACAUUGCCCGGUUGUUGGAACCGUUCGGAUUUAAGUAUUCGGACAAGAAAAUCUACGUUAUUCCUCAAACGUGCAUGGCGUUUGUUCAGAUGGAGAACGCAAAGGAUGUUCUGGCUGCUUACGUCGCCAGCAGGAACAAAACAUUUGCACUUGAAGGCUGUAGUAAUAAACUGCAACUGCAUGUGUUGGGUACAUAUGUCUCCAUGUUGCCGGAUGGUUUUUACCAAUCGCUGAUGGCUAUAAUGAAUUAUCCUGUGAAUGACUUUACGUCGAGAACCAUCUUCAUCAAGAACAUCUCUCCAAGUGAGACUAUUAGCCUCCGGGAAGAUUUAAGGAAGAUAGGCUUUGUCAAAAACUUCCUGCCUCUCCUUAGCAAGCUAUUUGUUGAGUUUGAGUCUGAUUGUGAUGCUGAUCGCUUCGGAGUGUGGUGCUCUUUGCUGAAUCGGUGUCCUGCCUACGAAAUCUACAGGCUGUGGUGUCCUGAAAUAAAAUGCCCUGCUCCACUACCAAUGCUUCCUGAGAAAGCCAUGCUAGACAGCAGUUUGGCGGUUGCCUGGGCAACUCUUCCUACAUUAGAGUUCAGUGUUCCGGAAGGAAGCUACUCUCCAUUCUUCCUGACCAUAUCACAGAAACCCUACCUGUUCCCAACAACAUCUUGCUGGUUUAGUAUCCCAGAGUUUCUGACUAUCACAGAAGAAGCUGACAUUAAUGAGGCUGAGCGUCGAGAUGUGACAGCUCCAACGAUCAUGUUGACAGGUUUUAAUGCAGACUAUAGUUACGAGCAAGUGGCCAAGCUGGUGUGGCCAUAUAUUUCCCAGAAGGACCUUCAGUCUCUGUACUACAACGUGAUCGUGCUGCCAACCCAGAGGAGGAGCUUUGUACAUUUCAGUGAAUGGAGCGCCUGCUGCCGAUUUCUCAACAGUCACUUAAAAACGGAAGUGUUGGACCAAACCGAAAAACUCUCUGUGCACUUUGUCCUGUCACCCAUGUGUCCAGAAAGCAGCGAGGAGAACUUGUACAAAAGUCUGAUGCAGCUGAGCAAUGCUCGCGUUGGACAAGUGGAGACGUUGGCCGAGCGCCUGCUUUGUGUGAAUGUCUCCUGGCUCAACGAGUACAUUGUUAAACAAGUAUUAGAUGUUGUCACAUCUCAUGCAGAAGUUGUCAACUUCCUGCCUCUGGAUAAUCGGAUAUGCAUCGAAAUGGCCGACACUACAGGCGUUAAGUGUGUGGAGGAGAAAUCCAAUGAUUUGUCAACAAAAUUGCAGUGUGAAGUUAAAGGCUUUGAGAGUGUAAAUACCUUGAAAAGGCGUCUGAUGGAUCACAGUGUGAUUACAUUGUGCCCUGAGACGGACAGGAAGAAAGUCAGCUUCCAGGCUGCUGUGUGCUCCACGGUUACUGCUGCUCCAUCAGCUUUCCCUGAAAGAACAACAAAGGUGGCACAACAACAAACUAAGGCUAAAGAUGACGUUUGGAAAACAGUGGCCCAUGAGGAAAAGCAAAUGACUUCAAAAGUGGAAGAUGGAGCACCGGGAGCCUCAGUGGGUCCUUAUACUGCUCCCUGCCGUCUAAAAAGAGACAACACAGGGGUGGACUUUACUGAAGACCGCAUUCCUCCUUCGGCACUGAUUUGUGAACCUUUCAAAAUAGAUGACUUUGUUACGGUGGAUGAAGUUGGGGAGGAAAAAGCCCAAACAAGUUCUACUGAGCUCUCCUCCAACUUGACUUCUAAACAAACCAACACCAGAACCUCAAAAGAGUCAAUGAGUUCUGAAUGCCCCUUAUCCUCCACAAGAACCUCAUCCAAAUGCAAUCCAUCUUCUCAUUCAAUGUCUCAAAAGUCAAAAAGCUCCUUCAAACCUGAAGAGUUAAAGGCUGAAUCUCAAAAAGAUAGAAUGAUAACUGUCGCAACCAAGGAAAACGUUCAAGUGCUGGACAGCGUGAGUGAUGAAGAGAAACCUUCCUCAGAAGACUGCAGACUCAAAGAGCUUAAUAUCUCUGGAGAUGGUGCCACUGAGGUCCAAGUAACUCCAGAGCAGCAUCCCAUCAGACAAUUUGAAAAUGACACAAAACAAAUUUGCAACGAAGAGGAGACUUCUCCACAAGUUGACACACCCAGAAAUCUAGAUGAAGCAAACAAAUAUAUUUUCAUUUCUCCUCUAAAAGACAAAGGAGACGAGCAGAAGACAAACAGGAAAGAUGAUAAAGAGGUGAUAGCAGAAUCCUGUCAAACAAACAAAAACGACAAUGAAAAACACUCUCGAGGUACCUCGGGUAGCCUGCUCUGUAAAAAAGACCCUAUGACUUCACUAGAAGAAGAAGCGGCAGCAUACCAGGUGAUUGAUUCUGUGGAAGAGCAGCCAACUUCCACCAAGAAUAAGGCAGACAGUGAGCGUGGGGUGACUUCUUCAAGCAGAGCAUCCAAGAGAGAAGAACAUGAGUCUUCAAAAACGCAUCAGGCUGGGGUAAAGGACCCCACCACCUCCGAACCUCCUAAAGCUGAGCAGAAGUACCAGGUUGUUGAUUAUAUCCAAGUUCAACAGUCUAGCAGCAGAUUGACACCCGAUAGGAGGAGGAGGAGCACUCGAGGGAAGACCCAGGGUCCAACCAUAAAGGAUGAGGAGACCACUUUCCACAUCUUAGACUCUGUUGACACUGAGACAGUACAAGAAGAAACCAGCAUCACAACCAGAUCCAGCAGAGGAAAAAGAGGAAGGCCGCCAACAAAAGAUGCCCCUAGUGGGAAAAGAGGUCAUGAAGAAAUGACACCAACGAGGAAAAGGACAAGAACUUCACAGGAAACCACCAGAAUAGAAACACCAACCAAGAAAAUUGAGCCUGUCCACAAAGACAAACAGAAGAGUCCCCCAGCUACGAGAGGAAGGGGAAGACCUAAGAAAUCAGUCGAAACCACUAAAAGUGAAGAUGACCGCUUAGACGCUGGUGAUGAAGAAGAAGCCACAUUCACGGUCCUGGACUGUUUGGAAGAUGAGAUGCUCCAUGAUGAAGGUCCAGCCAAAGAAGGUGGUGGUGGUGAUGAUGAGAAAGAGGGUAAAGAUAAUUAUGUGGGAACAUCACAACAUACUAAGUGCACUCAACCACACCACCAGCCAAGACAUUCGUUUCCUUCCUCUUCAGAAGAUAACACAACCUUGUUGACAGUGGAUAAGGUGGGAGAAGUUGAUGACAAAGCAUUCCGACCCAACUGGAGAGGCACAUUGAUCUCUGGUGAGCAUCAUCAGGAUGUCUGCUUAGAAAAGAAGGAACAAGAUGCUUGUGAUGAAGAGGAAGCAGCCACAUUCCAGGUCCGGGAUUCAGUGGAGGAAGAGCCCCAAUGUGAUCACAAUAGUCCUAAGAAGGAUGUGACUGACCACCAACAUGAGGAGGAAGAGUCAAAUAAGAUCAUGGAUUCUUGGAAAGAAGAUCCAGCUGUAAAAAAACCUUCAGACGGUGAUGAUAAGGAGGACAAAGAUGAGGCUGAAGAAACAUCCUGCCAUGCAAAACGCACUCGACAACACUACCAGACAAGACAAAUUCUUUCUUCCCCUUCGAAAGACAACACAAACAUGGUGACGUUGGAUAAGGUGGGAGAGGUUGAUGACGAAGAAGCGUCCCCGCCCAAAUUGAGAGGCAGAGCCAAAAAAAGUAGACUGACUUCUGGUGAGCAUCAUCAUUAUGCUUCCUUAAAACCUGAAGAAUGCACUGUCGAUGAGGAAGAAUCCACAUUCCAGGCCCUGGAUUCUUUAGAGGAAAAGACGCUCCAUGAUCACAAAAGUCCAAAGGAGGACAUGCUUGACAAUCGACAUGAGAAGGAAGGUGCGUCUCGAGUUGUAGAUUGUAUGAAUGAAGAUCCAUCCAAGAAACAGCCUUUAAGUGGUGAUGAUGAUGAUGAUGAUGAGAAAAGGGCCAAAGAUAAAGCUGGGGAAACAUCACAACAUGCUAAACGCACUCGACAAAAACGCCAGACAAGACCCCCUUUCUCUUCCUCUUCUGAAGAUGAUACAAGCUUGGUAAAAUUGGAUAAGGUGGGAGACGUUGAUGAAGAAGCAUCCCUGACCAACAGGAGAGGCAGAGCCAAAACGAGAAGCAGGAUGACUUCUGGUGAGCAUCAUCGUGAUGUGUCCUUAGAAAAGAAAGAACCAAAUGCUGGUGGUGAAGAAGAGGCCACAUUCCAGGUCCUGGAUUCUGUGGAGGAAGAGACGCUCCAUGAUCACAUUAGUCCAAAGUCCACUGACAACCCACUUGAGGAAGAGUCCAAUGCUAUGGAUUGUUUGAAUGAAGGUCCUGCUGAAGUAGAGCCUUUAGAUGGUGAUGAAAAGGAGAGUCAAUAUGAAGGUGUGGAAACAUCACAAUGUACUAAGCGCACUCGACAGGGACGCCAAAAAAAAACAAAAAACUUAGUGACUCAGGACAAGAUGGGAGAGGUUGAACGGGAAGAGCCUGAUGAAGUUGCCAACUGGAGAGGCAGAGCCAAGAAAAGGAGCAGACUGACCUCUGGUGAGCAUCAUCAUGAUGCUUCCUUAGAAAAAGAACAAAAUGCUUGCGAUGAAGAAGAGGCCACAUUCCAGGUCCUUGAUUCUGUGGAGGACGAGACGCUCCAUGAUCACAAAAGUCCAAAGAAAGAUAUGACUGACAACCAACUUAAGAAGGAAACAACAGAUAUUAUGGAUUCUUUGAAUGAAGGUCCAGCUGAAGUACAGCCUUCAGGUGGUGAUGAAAAGGAGAUUCAAGAUGAAGAUGUGGAAACAUCACAAUGUACUAAGCGGACUCGUCGAGGACGCCCGAAAAAAACCCCAAGGUUAGUGACUCAGGACAAGGUGGGAGAGAUUGAACGGGCAGAGCCUGAAGAAGUGCCCAAAUGGAAAGGUAGAGCCAAAAAGAGAAGUAGACCGACCUCUGGUGCACUUUGACUUCUAGUUU